UUAGAACCAGAGAUCGAUCUAUCCAGUAAAAGAUUACUUCUUUUGUUUAUUGUUAAGUAUAUGAAAGUAGCAAGUGUAAUAAACAUGAAAAAGCAUCGAUCGUGGUCCCGCCGCCAUUUUUGGUUUCAUGGCUGGGGAAAAGCAUGCAUCUACUAACGAAACACACAUAAAAUGUUGAUCACUUGAACAGGGGUUUGCAGGCUUCACACUCUGCAUGGACUAGUAAAAUAAUACUUUCGCACAUAACAUUGUGUAUACAUUACCCCAUUAGUAAAAAUCUAAUGAAAUUAGCAAUUCCAAGCAUUAUGGUGUUCCACUCUAGUUUUAAAAGCCAGUGACUUGAGCUCUGCCAGAAGCAAUCUACAGUCGUGCAGUGCAAAUAAUUUUGCUAUUGCUCACACAGGUGAUGAGUCACCAGGCUGCAGUCACACGCCUUCAGCAGAAAGAACGAGAUGCCGAUGAGAGCAAAAAGCAAGGAUUACCUCAGACAAAGCAAGAAAAAACAGAAGAUACCUCACCUGCUGGUUCUGUCUCCAAGAUCCGUACACGGUUGUCAACUGGUACACUGUUCAUGAAUGGAACAUCCACCUUCAAAGAGAAAGAUGUGAAGCAAUUGACUUCUGAAUCUUCACAACUCCAGAAAGAAACUGGAACAUCUGGUGUAAAACGGAAGAGUUCUACCACUUUAUCUUCAGCAGACACUGCUAUCCCAACUAUUCCACCCAAACGGCGCAAGAUUGGACAAAAUGAUGGAUCUGGGGAGGACAACAAGAAUGACUACUUUUGCUGGUUUUGCCACAAGGAUGAAUGCAAUGCAUUUUGUCGGGUUUGUCCACGCAUCUAUCAUCUCAAAUGCCUUGGUGUCAGCAGCCUGCCGAAAGAAUGGGUGUGUCCAGAAUGUGAGAAAAUAAUGCGAGCUGAGUGUGUGGAAACUCGUUCCAAGGCGAUGUCAAGGAUCUCUGUGGACACACUGUGUCUGUUGCUAAGAUAUGCCUUGGAACGUAUGCAACAGCCAGGUUCUGAAGUGUUUUUGAAGCCUGUAGAUGAGUCUGUGGUACCUGCAUAUAGAGAUUAUGUCUUCAACCCCAUGGACUUUGUCACCUUGGAGAAGAACAUCAAAGAGAGGCAGUAUGGAUGCACUGAGGCAUUUCUUGCUGAUGCCAGGUGGAUUCUUCACAACUGCAUAGUCUUUAAUGGCUUGCACCAUAAAAUGACCAACGUUGCAAGAAACAUUAUCAAAAGCUGCAAGCAUGAGAUGAGUGAGAUAGAAGUGUGUCCUGAAUGCUACCAGAAUUCCUGUUUAAAGAGUGAUGGCAACUGGUUUGUGGAGCCAUGUCAUCCUCCACAUACAUUGGUAUGGGCAAAGCUGAAAGGGUACCCAUUUUGGCCUGCAAAGGCUUUGAAGGAAGUCAAUGGUCAGGUAGAUGUCCGGUUCUUUGGUGCACAUGAUCGGUCUUGGGUGUUAGCAUCUCAGGUUUUCCUCCUGUCAAGAGACAGCCCAACACCCAUCAAGAAUCGCAAAGGUGGCUUUGUAGGUGCCAUGAAGGAACUGGAGGUCCACAUCAAGAAAAUAAAGGAACUCUUUGGUGGAUUUGAAUAUGCACCAAGGAACACACCUUAUAGUCACUGCCAUUUGUAUAUGAAGUACAAUAUCAAAGGAGAGAAGGUGAUGCACCGUUUCAAAGUUGCCUCUCGGACAAAAGCUUCAAAGACAGAUACAGUGAGUGCUGAUCGCAUCUCAGUGGCUUCCAAAGCAGCUUCUGCUUUGAUCAGCAAAUACAACAGUCUCAAUUCUCGCAAAUCAAACCUUGCUGGACCACAGAGCAGUGCCAGUUUGGCUGGUCUUCAUCCUGUGCGGGAUAAGUGUACAAAAAGUGCUGUCUCCCCUAGAGCCAAGACCUUACGGUCAGUUACAGACAUCAUUGAAGAAAGGAUCAAACAACAAAAGGAGUUGGAAGAGGAAGAACAAGAAGAUGAUGAACACAGGGUAAAGGAAAAGAACAGCAACAGUGAUCAGGAUUGUGCUGAUGGUGUUGGUGAGAAGUGUACUGUGUCUGUGGAAAAGGUCUGUACAGUCAGUGGGCAGGCAACCUCCAUUAAUUCAAAGACAUCUCACCAGAAUGAAGUGCUUUGUGAAGAGACCAUUGAAUCAGAUACACAAAUGAAAGUUGGUGAUAUUGCAUCAAAAGCACGCGACUUACCUCCUGGUGUUAAACAGGGAAAGCUUGAUGAAUCUUCCAUUAGGCAUUUACCGGAGAAAAAGGCCUCAUUUGAAAGAGACGAAAGCUCCAAGGCAGUAUCUUUGGUGCUGUCAUCAGGUGUUGAUUACAAGAGUGCCUUGACAAAAGUGAUUGAGACUUGCAAAGACAAGCUUGGCAUUAAAAAUGUAGAAGAUCUAGAGGAAAACAUCAAUGAUAGUGAUGCUGAUGAGGAAGGCGAUGGAAGCGAGGAGAAUAAAUCAAGUGAAAGGAAAAACAACAAACCUUCUGGGCCUGAUGUUGAUGUCGUUCAAAGCAUGCAAAAGCCUCAAGAAGGCAGUGCUGAAGUAGUUGUAGAAAAAGAGAGGUUGCCUGAGUGUGAGUCCAUGGAAAGUAAUGACAUUGCUAAAAGCUUCACCUUUCUUAAACCUGUAACAGUUUCCAGAACGUCUGAUGAAGGGACAGAGACAGAAAAACAAGCAUCUGAUCGUGACCCAAGCACAAAAACAUCGUCAAAUAAGAAUGUUAGUGUUGAGAUAAAUGUAGGAGAUAAAGUGUGUGAAAAACCUACAGUGGAAAAUAAGGAGAUAAGUGACAAGGGGCCAGAAACUUCGCAGAAGGUUGAUGUUUCAGGCAAAGAUGUGCCAUCUGUGAUGAAAUCUGUUGAUGCUCCAAGCACAACUGACAAAGGUAUGAAGCCUUUCAACAGUGAUAAUGCUAACACAAACAUAAGGCCUAUUACUAUUGAUGAUGAUAGUAAUGAUAAAGGAGAAGAUAGCAAUGAACCUAGUCUUCUUAUGGAAGUUGAAUCUGAACCAGAGCAGGAGCUUGAAAACGAUCAGCUUAUAAUCGAUCUUGAAGAAGAUGACCUGGAGCUCAGAGAAGAUAAAACCAUUAAAAAAAAUAUGCCACACAGUGAAAAAUCUAAGUCAGUCAGUAUUGUGAAAGAACUUUCUCCUUCACCAAUGUUGAGAAAGGCUGUUCAAACAGAUGAAAAGAUUUGGCCUGGCCAAAAUGAGAGGGGCAUGCAGAAGCAGAACUCUAAUUUUAUCCUGCCUUCAAGCAGUUCUCUUGUAUCAUCAAAACCAAGCAGCUUGGGGCAGAACUCUAACAAAGAAACCCUUUCACGGUCAGGCCAGUACAUGCAGUUGCCAGUUGAAGAAUCUAAUGGACCAGCUGCAGUAGUCACUGACUCAGUGAGAUCACAAGGCCAUGGCUCCCUUACCAAGAGUGCCGCUGCAGCCAAGCCAGCCUCUUUGCUGGCAGACUCUAGCAGUCAUCAGCAAGAUGAGACCACGCUGACGCCUGCUGCAGUUCGCCUUGUCAACCAGUACAGCUCACAGUUGAUGGGAAAUCUUCAGCAACAGCUGGCCCACAUGUGCAAGGAAGUCAUCGCAGUGGCUGUCCCAGAGCAAGAAAAGUCACGAUGUUACCAACAAGAAAUUGAUCGACUCAAGUGGAUUCAUCAGCAGGAAAUAGCAGAGAUCAAACAUAAUUACAAACUGAGCAUUGCAGAAAUGAGAAACCUAUGGGAGUCAGAAAAAAGUAAAAGUCUUGGAGAUCUGAAGAGAAAACUUACCAAAGAGAAAGAAGAGGCGGUAGUUGCAGUUAAAAAAAAGCAAUGGUGUGCCAACUGCUUGAAGGAAGCCAUCUACUACUGUUGUUGGAACACCAGCUACUGCAGCUAUGAUUGCCAGCAGACUCACUGGCCCACCCACCUCCCAUCAUGCAUGCAGACACAGUCCACCACUGGUCCUGCCACAGCCACAACCACCUCUAUUCCCAAGACCACUGGUGUAACUCCACUAGGAGCUGGAACAUCUGGGAGUGGUUUUGACUCAGAUGUGAUAGUGAUGUCAGCAUCCCUUGGACCCACCAAAGUAAAAGGAAUAGAUAACGCAGAGAAACUGCAGAAAUUCAACUUAACACCACCCCAAUCUUCACCAUCCUUGACUAAUGAAACAUGGAGAAACCAUACUGGUGUGAGCCAUGCACCUGUGGGUCAAAAUAUCCACUUCCUAUCCACUUCCCAGGCAGUCUCAAGUUGUCCACCAUACAUCAUCUCAUCAGACCUACUACCACCACUACCACCACCUUCGCAGCCACUGCAGCAGCUUCGGAACCUGCAGAGUUUGGAGGUAGUGGCUGCAUCCCCUCAAUUAACAUAUGCCUCUCAGAUGCAGCUGUUACCAUCCCAGCCUGUUGUGUCAAACAUCUUGCCCUCCGCUACAGUUAUGCCUACCAACGCUAUGGUGUUACCUGUCCUUCACACCACACAGCCCAGCGGAUCCUCCACCUCCAACCAAAACAUUGUAAUUUCUAGACCCAUACGUUUUCAACCUUUAUGGAAAUAGGAUUCAUCCAAAGACUCACAUAAUUUUGUGGAUACUAACUGCUGUAUUGUAUGGAGGAAGAAAAAUGUAUAAUAGUGUUUUAUUCUUUUAGUUGUCAAGAGCUGACUUUAAAGGAAACAAUCAUGCUUGGGCAGUAUUGCAGAAGCAGAGUACUGAAUGCUCGUUUUGUCAAUGUAAAGCAUAAUAUCUUCUAAAACAAUUUAUAUCAAUGUAAAUGCAAGCAUGAAAAUAGCAUGUGUUCAGACCCUACUAAAAGUGUGUUUUUUUGUUUUGUAAAUGGUGAUUACCAGUCUUAUGUUAAAUUGGGUUUUAUGUUGCAAAAACGUUCACAGUUUAAAUCCUAGAACUUUGGUAGAGAAGAUGUAAUUUACUGUUUUAAAGAGGUUUUUUAAAGUUUUUUUUUUUUUUUUUGGAAAGUUCUUGAUAAGUUUAGGAUUUUUGCAUUUUAGAUCAAAAAGCUAAACUAUCACUUUAGAAUGAUUGUUUCAAAAGACAGAGACUUUAUUAAAAAGAUACUGUUUGUAAGGAAAUUUUGGUUACCUCUUUUACAAAUGAUUGUAAAUAAAGCAGCUGACAAAAUAAAGUUACUGUGCUUGUCUUAA